UAGAUAGGUUCAUGAUUCUUCAUGGGGAUAAUAGGAUACAGCAAUUUAUUAUUGAUUGGGACUUCUAUGCAGGCCUCUCUGAAGAGGUUUUCCGAAUAAUGACCUGGAUCCAUAUUGUAUUAAGAUGUCAUGUCGAAGUGCUUGAGCUUCAAUUGGAUUUGGACAAACCAGAAAGAGUGUCUGCAAUGGAUUGGCAACUUGUUGGAUUACCAGAAUCUUGGGAAAUUAUCAUGUCUCGAAAAAGCUUAUAUUUUCCUGAAGCACAAUGGAGAUGACUAUGAAUUUGACAAUGCAUUUGAGGUUCUAUGUAGUAUCUGCAGGGUUACGGUUCUUCAACUGACCGAAGAGACCACCAAGGUCCCUGCGAUGGUCUCACUUCUGAAAGGGAUGCCUCAUUUGAAUACUCUGCACAUAGAUUCUUACCCUUCCUUGGAGCUCAUCCAUAAACCGAAAGGUUUAAGAGCAAAUACUGGAAAUCCCAAAACCUCGAUUUUAUUCUUGAGCUUAAAGAGGUAUCAAUAGCGCUGACCACUGGGUAUAAUAAUAAUGCAUUGGAGUUGGCAAGGUACAUUCUUGAGCAUGCUCCGAUGUUGAGGAAAAUGUUCAUAUUUUAUCUACCCCACCAGUCAUAUGUUAUAAAGAGGUUUGAUAAUUGGUAAAGAGUUUCCCCUGCUGCCACAAUCAUCUUUCAGAAAAGAGAAAAGAAUGAAGAUAAAACAAUGGGUAAGAGCUUUUAUUGGUAUUUACUUAGGUUACGUAAUUUCUAAUCUUGUAGCUUUUGUUGAUGAACUGAUUGGGGAAACCUUUUUAAGGGACCCCAAAUUUUGUAAUUUUCUUUUUCCUUCCAACUGUUUCAUACCAGUGGAGCAUGAAUGCACAAUCGAUGUUAUUUUCAUUUCAUGUAUACCUUUUCAAUUCUGUUUUUUGUAUGCUGCGUCAAAUGUUUACACAAGU